UUGGCAGCAGCGUACCGGCUCUCCUCGCUUGUUCACUACCUCGUAUUUUUGACGCAAAAUUUUGGCUAGCGACUUAAAAGAAAUAAUAAUCACGCCUAAUCUUCAGACAGUUCGGCAUGAGAAUUUAAUGAAAUAGGAUAAAAUACAAUUUAAUUCAUCAAUUGGACAAUGGGGACAGUGCUUGCCAAGGAGCCAACGAAACCACGUAAUUUUGGAACACUACCCCAUGAUCAAAAAACGGAAAAACAUAAUGAUUGUUCAAGAGAGAAUGGGCAUUCAACUUAUUCUGACCGUGAGAGUAAUGCACUACCAAGAACACCACCUGUAGCUGAAUCUGAGCCAGUAAAUUGGCAAAGAGUCAAGGCAAGGGUUGACAAGGUACAUGUAGAUGGCUUGAUAAGAACAAAAGACGAUAUCGUCAAAGCUCAGGUUACGGAAUUAUUCAAAGCUAAGGAUUUUCAAGAUGUUCUUGUUCAAGCAGAUAGAGUGCGUGGAAAAUUGGAAGCACUGGACUGCUUUAAGAACAUUGGAAUUUACAUCGACACUAGUAAUGGUCCUGAUGCUACGCCUGACGGUGUUGAGGUGACAUUUACAGUACGAGAAAUGAGACGUCUGACCGGAAGCAUCAACACCAUGGUUGGUAAUAACGAAGGUUCUCUUCUUAUCGGAGCUGGAGCACCCAACAUAUUUGGCAGAGGUGAACGGCUUCGAAUGGAAUACUCGUACAGCAAUAAAAAAUCAUCAAGUCUCAACAUAUCAGCUGUCAAACCAUUCGUAGACAGUUGGCUGCAUAAAGUUUUGACAGCAACUGUGUUCAGUACCGUAAGCGAUUUACCAUGGUCCAGUUAUAAACAGAACGAUACUGGUUUCCUACUGGAUUUAGCUCUGAACCCAGGUGAUGGUACAUCAUUGAAGCAUAAUUUUCAAUACGAGGGAGCCUACAGACACAUUAGUACUUCGAAGCAAGGCUCAUUUUUGGUUCGUGAACAGUCUGGCCCAAGUCUAAAGUCAGCACUCAGGCACAUUUGUUCGAUGGACAGGAGAGACAAUGCUAUUUUUCCAACAGUUGGAUCAUUAGUACAGUUCACCACCGAAGUGGCUGGUUUAGGAGGGAAUAUCGGAUUUGUUAAACACGACUUUGUUAUGCAGAGUAACUGGUCACCAAAUGAACUUGCUACCUUCCAAUUAGGAUUUCAGUCAGGGUUGUUACGAGGAAUAAGUAACGACAUGCAGAUAAGCAUUUGCGACAACUUUUUCUUGGGGGGUCCAUUAAAUCUAAGAGGAUUUGGCAUGAGAGGUUGUGGUCCACGCCAUGAGGGUGAUUUUAUUGGGGGAGAUAUUUAUUGGGCCUUAGCGCUUCACCUUUAUACACCGCUACCGUUUAGGCCAGGUCGCAACAGCUUUGGUGAUAAUUUCAGACUCCAUAGCUUCAUUAAUGGCGGCAAUUUAUCAAAACUCAGUUUCAAAUUUGAUGGCGACUACAAAGACAACCUUAAGAUCUUCACACAAGAUGUCAGAUGUACGACAGGUGUUGGAAUCGCAAUGAAACUUGGAAAUAUGGCCAGAAUUGAGUUGAAUGUAAUCAUGCCUUUGCUUUUUGUUCGGAGUGAUUUGCUGCAGCAAUUUCAAUUUGGAAUUGGACUGCACUACCUCUAGAUAUCGUAAUUGGAAAAUAGAGUUGUACAUUGUUAAUAAUUGAUAGCAUUUAAAUACUACUACUAUACCUGUUGUUGGAUGUGAAGCAAGUCGCUGCGUACUAUGAAGUUAACCACUGUCCUCCAAGUUUUUCAUGAUUUUGUCAAGAUGAUGUGUCUGUAUAGUUUUUAAAAUACAUGAGCUCAGAGCUACAGUAAUAGCAGUA